UCCGUCGUUCCAGAGCUCUACCUCGGCUGUGGACUCCAUUUCUGAGACUGAUCGAUGUUAAGUUCUCCUGGCAUUUAAAUUGAGUUUUCUACCAUUUCAAUACAGUGUCUCUGCGAAUUGUGAUAUUUUAAGUAUUUAAUUAGGCCCCUUAUCUAUAUUGAGCCAUGUCAGAGAAAAAAGGUUACCCCGCUGCUCCUCAAGCCCCAGCAGGCUAUGUUCCUGCUCCUCCUCACCCAGCAGCAGCUGCUUAUGCAGCUAGCUCGCCUGUUGCUGCAGCUACAGGCUCUCCUUAUGCUGUUUACCAGCAGCUCUAUCCAGGUCAAGCACCACCUCCAUACGAUCAGCAAAUCCCAGCAAUAAUGGCAGCUCAACAGAUGUAUCCACAAGUUGGUGUAGGAACGACUAUGUACAGCCAAGCAGCCAGCCCAGCCGGUUAUUACGCUUCUGCAUUCACUCCGAUGCACGCUUACUACCACCCAUUGGCCUACACUUACCCUCAGCCUCAGCUCAGGCCAACAAUAAUGAUUCCAAACAGUUACGAUGGAGGUGCUAGAUUCGAUGGUAUCGCUGCUCCGGUUGUCCCCGGUCCGCCUCCAGGCGUACCUCCGACACCCGCCCAGCUCGCUGCAAUGGCCGGUCACAACAUAACUCUAACUCAGAAAAAAGGCGCCUUUCUAACUGGUAGCAGUGAUGGAGGAUAUACAUUUUGGUAGUACUGCUAUUAGGUAAUUAAAGAAUGAGUCAGAAAUUUGGUCAUAUUCUAGAUUUCCUGCUCAGUUUCUGCUAUUUCCAUACUCAAAGAGGGCUCAACAUUCUUUAAAAUUUUGAAGUUCACAAGAAAAAAUAAUUUAAAAAAACAACGCACGAGGCAAUAUUUAUAAAUACUCCUUUUCUAGGUCCAAAGUUGUUGAAUUAUAUCGAAAAAAAUCUUAUGACUUGGCAAGCUAGAAAACUAUUCUGAAUUUAAAAAGUAAAAAUACACUGGAGAUAAAAAUUAAUAAAAUAUAAAUAAUUAACUUAAUUAAAGAAAAAAAAAAAAAAGCUUGGAAGACAAAACCAUUUUUUACUCAAAUAGCUGUCAAGUUGUCAUGGUUUAUUUCCUUGUUGUUAUUUCUGGGACGACAAGAGCAAUCUCAAAUUAACUGUGAUAUGACAGAAGUUGAGAAGUAGAUAAUAAAUGUUGCCUAUGAUUGAAAAUUAAAAAUAAAAAAACUCAUGGGCAUUUUAUGACAGUUGUUUUGUUGGCUAGUUCUCUAUUUAUCUUUAUUGCUUUGUUUUUGUUUAUUUCUAUUCGAGAUAUUAUUUUCUAUGAACGUUAUAUUAAAAAGAAAAUUCAAAUUUUGAAACCUUUGAUGGUCAUUCAUAAUUUUGCCUAUUAAUGUUAUAUCCUGCAAAUAUAUUUUUUCUAAUUCAUUUUCCUUAAACAAUCAUCAAGCAAUUUAACAGGAAAAUAAUUGUAUUGCGGUGUAUUUUUUAGGUAUAGAAAAUAAAUUACAUUCUAUAUCGCUUUAACAAAUGAAGGAUAAAGUACAAACUAUAGCUGGAAAUUAGCUAAGUAUUAAGUUUAAUUAUUAUGGGUGAUAAUUAUGUAAAGGAGAGUAGUACAACUUGCAUAAGUUAUUCCCAAAUUUCAAAUUUAAAUUUAGAAUGGGACAUAUUACAAAUUUUGAUAGUUCACGGUACAAAUUUUAGUUAAAUACUAUUUCAGUCAUAAACGUGUUAUAUUAGAUUUCAAUCUAGUCUUUUCUUUUUUUUAAUUAAUGAUGGUUGAUAUUUAACAUUGAAUAUCUAGUUUGAAAGUAACAAUUUAUCUUGAAUUUUUUAUUUGUCACAUUUAUAUAAAGCGACUAGCCAAAUUAAUUUAUGUUGUAAUUGUAGCCAAAAAUUGCCUUAAAUCUGGUAUAUGUAUAGAGAAUAAUUUGCUUCUUGUAAUAGAAAAUUGAAAAAUGCCAUUCAGUUAAUUUUGACAGAAUUUUAAUAACAAUUUAAAAAAUAAUAAUAGAUCAUUUUUCUUACAACUAACUUCCUCUUGGUGGUUGAAUUUCUGCUUAAAUUUUCCUAUAACUUAGUUGGCAGUAUUACUACAAAAUUUCUUUGCACUAUUGUUAUCCACAAUUGUGGCUUUUAUACAUUUUAAAGAAUAAUGAUAACUUACAUAUUAAAAAAUUAUAUUUAAAAAAAUGUAUUUCUUAAAUUUCUUUCUCUUAUUUAUGAGACAGGUGAAAAUUAUGUAGGGUGAAAAACAACUUUGGCAAAUUAUUAAGACGUUUAACUUUAAUUUUAAUGUAAAAGAACAUGCUUAUAAAGGUCUGUGAAAUUUCAAGAUAAAACAGUUUUAAAAAAAAAUCUUAAUGAUGACCAUGUAUACUGAUCAAUAGGCACAAAAAAAUUAAUAAAAUGUUUAAAAAUCCAA